CGUCCAGUUAUUGAUGGUCAUGAUCCUUCCUGCUUUAUGAUUGAAUAUGUGUUGCGUUGAUCUUACGUUCAAGAUGUUGAAGAUAACAAAGACAUGCCACUAAGAGUUAAGAAUUCUCCAAGUAACUUUUGAAGUAAAAAAACCAUAGCUGAAUAAGGAAAGAAAAGGAUGAUCAAGUCUUGCUGUGAAAAUUUUGACCAGAAUUUCUAAUGUAAGGGUGUAGAGAUUGAAACGAAUUGUGGUCAGCCGGAAAAUCCGGCUAGAAUUCGCAAAUCCGAUUCCGGCCGGAUUUUAGAAAUUUUUUACCAAUUUUGCCGGAUGUUUUAAUAUGCUAACGUAAAAAAUAUGAGAGAAUCAGCCCAAAGCAAAGUGUAAAAAAGCGUCAAACUAAUAUGUAGGGUUCAAAAGUUUUGAAAGGUUAUGGUUUGAAAAUAGUUUCUGUGGAUACGCAGGAUGCUGACGUCGAUCGAAAACCAUUCAGUUACUUUUGCAACACGAGAGAAUGUUGCUCGGUUUCGUUUCCACCACAAAAAGGAUAUUCAGUGAUCCCCACCGCAGACAUAUUGAGAUAGCCUUCCUUUUUCAAGAGAUUGUCAAGAAGUAGUACUUCAUGUGAGGAGUAUUUUCACAUUUCCACGUUUCGCCAUCUUCCUUAUAACAAGAAAUUUAAUAUGGAUUUCUUCUUGAGUGUGUCUAGUUUUUUCGUUGAAUUUGAGAAGCCAGCAUCUACAUUUUUUUAAAUGUUAGCGUUUGAUGGCUCAGUUUAUGUCGGAAUAUGUUGUAUUAUAUGACGUUGGUUAACACAGAUCUCAUCAUCACCAACUGUCACAAAUUUAAGAGAUCCGCUUGGAGAUCUGGUGAAAUAUGAUAAUGCUAUCUUUUCAUGAAUUGGUGAAUUGCGAAAAAAGCUUUAAAUUACUACGAAGGUUGAACAUAGUUAUAAAAUCAUAAGGUGAUAUUGAAGAUAAUAUAACAAGAAACAAGGAAACAAUAGCAAAAAGUGUCAAGCAUCCGGCGAAACCCUGUCGGAUUUUCCAAACCAUGACCGGAAAAUCUGGUUCCGACCGGAUAUUGAAAACUGCAUCCGUAAUCAGGUGCAUCCGUAAUGGGAAGCACGUACCCUAAAAUUUGAAGUGUAGCUUGCUUCAAAAGGUUGUAGAAUUUUUUUACAUAUUUGCGAAACUUUCUUUGAAGAUUAAACUAACUUUCGUCUGCUUUUUUAAAUUUGCAAGAACUGGUUUAGCUUUGAUGUAAUUCGAUGGUGCAUCACGGUACAAUGAACACAAAAUAGAGUUCCGAAGUGUAUCAAAAGCAUAUUUUUAAAUUUUCUUACUUUUACGACAUAACCUGAAAGAACGUCAUGAAAUGCCUCUAGAUGUUGAAAAUCGCUCAAAUAUAUUAAUAAUUGGGUGAGAUAUGGUCAAUGAAAGAUGACUGUUAUUUUGGCUUGUUUCAUGAAGCUAUUAACAGAGGCCAAAUUACAGUGAUUUGAUGAGGAAACAGCCUGGUCCUAAUGCGACCUAAUGCGACCAUAUCCCAGCAAAUUUGCAACACUUUAACGAUUCGCACAUUUAGAGGUAUUUCAUGAUGCUAUUUCAGGCUAUGUGAUGCAAAUUGAAAAUUAGACAAAGUUUAUUCUUGUGACGUCAUCACUUUAGAAACUAUUCUAUAAACACGAAUUAUUCUCAAAUAUUUCUCCUAGUACGCAGAUCUUAAGAGAUUAGUUAGCGGUCUUUGUGCCAGAUAACGCAAACCAUCCACUGUUCGAAUUGCUUCGUUGCUUGUUUGACUAAGCAUUUCUAUGAAGUUACUGAAGAAAAUUUGUGUAGAAAAGCUUCAUGGCACUAAAUGUGCAUUUACAAGAAAACUUUGAAUUGUGGAACAAAUUAUCGCACGUGAAAUGCGUGUAUGCGAACACCGUUAUUUGCCAUUGGUUUCAAGACGGCAAGCGUGUUUCUUAGGAAAUUAAUAAUCUGCUGUCAAAAUAUUUCUGUGCGCUACGGCUCUGUUGAAAAUGAAUUAAACAGAUAUUGUUUGGGUUCAAAUUACAUAGUUUGCCCUUUUUAUAAAUAGACGGUUUGUAGAACGGAUCGGGCCUAAUUUAUUUUGUACAAAAGACAAACUAAGGAGGAUGUACUGAUGUUUUGUUUUCCCUGAUCGAGAAAAUUCGGCAUUAACUUUAGCUUUCUUUGCACUAAAAUGGCCAGUAAUGGAAGGGCUGUCAUUCUGCUGUAGCACCUGGCGUUUUGUUUAUUUAGCAUUUAAUCGCGAUUGUUGAUAGUGAUAAAAAGCAAUUUAAUCAAUCAAUGGAAUGGUCAGGCAUACUUGCGUCAACGUGAAAAGAGUUCCCUAGGCAUAAUUCCAGUCAUGGACAUGUUUAAUACUGUUUCGUCAUUUUUUAAUUGACUCGGACUUUCCACUGUCCCCUAAAGGUGCUGUGGUUUAUGUAUAGAUUUUCAGAGGCUACUCUAGGCUUUCCUUUGAAUAAAGAAUACAAGCUACCCUUGUUUUGAUAACUGUACUCCUCAUCUUCAUGGGUAUAUUAUUUCUCUAAUGAUGUCAUGCCCAGGCUUAAACCUAAUGAGUGUUGCUCCACCCCCUCGCAAGCAAUGACAAAACGAGGUUUUUGAAUUUGAUCAUAUUACAUACCCUUUGGUCAUAUUGUUGGAAAAUGUUCGUUUCGAGGCACGAUCGCGCUAAUUGAUCCUUCAUUAGAUAACGCACUUGGUUUCCUAAACUGUAGCAGCCUUUAUUCUUGGCUGUUUGACUGCCUGUUUUUGCUUUCGUAUUUUGUCGUCAAUAAUUCGAUUCUCGUCCUAUCCUUUUCGUGCGUUAGCUGGUUUUGCCAGCUUUAUUUCUUAAUUGCUCGCGUGCAUCAUUUCGCCUGUCGUUGGUGUAUUUAAGCUGCAUUUGUCCCGCUCACUACCUAACGGCGCCUCGUAUACAGUAUGCUUUUUUCUUUCUUUUUUAAAAGUUGGUACAAUAUCUAGCUACACUAAAGCUAAUAAAAACUAACAAAUGCAGAUUACGAUCAAACAAUACAAUUCAUGUUUGCAGAUGUCAUAAGUAUAAUUGAACAAUGAAACAUAUCCGUGGCACAGGGCAAACCACAUAUAAACCACAAUUUCUAAUGCUAGAACUAGAUUGACUGACGUGGUUUGAGACAAAAUUAAGGACAUCAGAAGAACUUUUCUCUUGCUGGUUUUGAAAAGGUAGCAGGACUGAUAGUGAUGAAGGCUCCUAUUGGUUAUAAGUAUAUGUGGUAAAACUAAUUCGCUUUCAAAAAUCAGCUUUCUAGUGCAACCUAGCUUUCUGGCACUCUUCAGAGUUUAAAACGUGGGAACAUAGAUCGAAAACUGCGCUAAGUUGUGGAUCGAAAUAGGCCAAUCAUAAACGCAAGCACAUGACUUUUGAGGUUUUCGAUCUGAGUUCCGACGUUUUAUACUCCGAAGAGGGUCAGACCAAAAGCUUUAGCAUGAUUCAGAAUGUUUGCUUUUUUCAAGGUUAUUUUUAAGUUUUGUACCACAAAAAGAUUGUUUGCAAAAGGUAAACUCCAAAUCGAGUCAUGUUCAUAAAUGGGAAAUACUUGAAUUUGACAAUACUUAAAAUUUCAAACGUAAGUAGCCGUUGAAAGUAAAAAGUUUCUGAUUUUCAUAAGAUUCUAAUUUUCAUUUUAGUACAGAAAAAGUUUGAAGUAAAAUAGCUACGAUUCAUUUUCUCGUUAUGAAUACUGCAUUGCCAUCGCAACGUGAUCUGCAAGCCGCACAGACAAGAAAAUUCUUAUCAGUCGUUUGUAUGCAGGAUAACGAAUGAUAGAUUUCUUGACCUUUUAAACGCGAGUUACGAAGUUCGUCAUUCACUUUUAUUUUGCAACAAUGAAUCCUCUUUCAACAAAUCUUCCUUAAUUUUCAAAUUUCAUAGGCGACUGUUAAUCAAGUGAAAUUUUUUAUCACAUGGAGGUAUCGAGAUGUAAGGCUUUUUUACAUGCAGAUAAAUAUUAAACUAGACUGUUACUGAGGCAGAAAUUCGUGAUAAAGUAUGAAUGCGAAAAAUGAUUUCGAAAGAUGCAGAAAAUCGCGUUAAAGUGAAAAUUUAUGUAGAUGACCUCGUACUUUCCUCGCUAAACGUAUUGUCAGAUGUGAAAAGUCUUGGCUUGGUUCAAGCGAUACCAGGGAUUGCCUUGGUGCCACUGGGUGAAAUCGUUUCCGUGGUGUAGCUAUAAUGCGUUGAUAUCAAAUUGCUUACAGUAUCAUUCUUGGCAAAUACUUUAUAAUUCCCUUCAUAAAGAGUAUAGAACCUCUGAAUAUUCUAAUAGAACUUCUUGGGUAUGUUGAUGAUUAAGAAAUUCUUGCCAAAAUCAUCAUGUUUUUAACGCGAGCAAUAUUUUGAAAUAAUUGCAACCAACGAAGAGAAGUUUAAUCUUGAUGAUGAGCGCAGUUUUGGAGCACCUUUGCUAACGAUUCCAGUGAAGAUGGUGAUAAAAAUGAUAUAACUUGGGAAACAAGCAGCAGUAAUGCGCAAGCAUCAAACAAGGAAGUGUUAUCAAAGCCAGGAAAACAUCAUAUAGAUGGCGUAGAUGUGAGCCUACGGAGAAAGCUUUCCGGAUCCACCUGAGGUCAUUCCAAGCCCUUUAGAAUAUUUUCAAUCAUUUUUUGAUAAAAAGCUGAUAUCAAGAAUUGUUGAACAAACAAACUUAUACUCAGCCCAACAAACAGGAAAGUCUGUGAAGACAGAUUCAGAUGAAAUUGAAAAAUUCAUUAGUAUCCUUAUUAUGAAGGGACUCCUCCAUUUCCCUCAGUAUUGCAUGUACUGUGCUUCUGGGACAAGGAUUGCUGCAAUCUCAGACAGUAUGAGUGUUAAUCGUUUUGAAAACCUGAAUUGCCAUAAAACUUGUUGUCUAUUGUCUAUUCUUGAGAAAUGUCACAAGAUUCCAUUUGAAGAAAAGAAUUAAAUUGAUGAACAGAUAAUACCAACUAAAGCAAGGUCAUCCAUCAAGCAAUAUCUGCCUAAAAAGCCAAAUAAACGGGGGUUCAAAGUGUGGGCUAGAGCUGGCAUAAGUAGUAUCAUUUGUGACUUUGAGAUUUACACAGGAAAGGAGAAUGAUAGGAAGACUAGGGACUUUGGGGCCACAGGUAGCUUGGUCUUGAGGCUUUGUAAAGGAAUACCUCAUGACCAAGGCUAUAAAGUUUUUUUUGACAACAUCUUCACGUCUAUUGAGCUAGUUAUAGAGCUGAAGUCAAGAAGCAUUUGAUCUGCAGGAACAAUACGUACAAAUCGUUUGAAAGGAGCACAGGAAAAUCUAAAAAGUGACAAGGAACUCAAGAAAGAAGGUAAAGGUGCAGCUGACUAUCAAGUAGAUGCCAAUAGUAAUGCUGUGAUAGUAAGAUGGUACGACAAUGGCAUUGUUCAAUUGGUCUUAACAUAUUUAGACAUUGAUAUGGGACAGCAAGUUCGUCAGCAGCUGCAAAGAAGCAUAUUGAAAUUCAGUGUCUAGAUGUUGUCCGAGUUUAUAAUGCAAACAUGGGAGGUGUAGAUCUCUGUGACAUGUUGUUGGCACUUUAUAGGACAACACUUGGAACCAAAAAGUGGUAUAUGCAUAUAGUUUAUCACUGCAUUGGCUUCAGCAUUGUGAAUUCGUGGCUGUGUUAUCGCUGUCACUGUGAUCAAAAGAGGGUCCCAAAGAAAGAAAUUCUAAGCCUGUUACACUUUGAGACAAGAGUUGCCAAUGGCCUGUUGUUUGUAAACAAAGCAAAUACACCCCUACUCGAGGUCGACCUAAAAGUUGCAGAUCUGAUGGUAAUAUGGAAGUUGCCAGAAAAAGGUACAAGAGGUCAAACCCUGUCUCCCCUUCAGAGAUACGAGAAGAUGAUGUUGGUCAUUUUCCAGUUUUUGGAGAAACACAAGGAAGAUGUAAGAACGGUGGAUUCUCAAGAAUCAAAUGUUGCGAAUGCAAUGUAAAGCUUUGCCUUGUGAAAAAUGAGAACUGUUUUUAGGACUACCAUCACUGACUUACCGCCACUAAAACCCAAAGACUGCCUUCUGAUCUUGUGAAAAGAAAUAUAUCGUUGCAUUGAGUGUGAUUGUCAGUUUCAGAUUAUAUUUUGCAUUUCCGUAGCAUGCUGAAAAUGCUCUUUUCAUCACAUUUCCAAUGACUUUCUUGAAGAAUGACUCCAAUUUCUCCAAUUAUUACUCAAAUUUUUUGUCAGGCAUGAAAAAAGUCAAGAUUUUGGGUUUAUUUUACUCUAAAACAUUAUGGUUACUAUCUGGUGAUGAUUAUAAAUGAAACAGGAUACAAAUUACAAUAAUUGUUUUUCAAUUUUCUUUAUAUUUCAAGACAUUGCAAUACAUUUUCUUCAUAAUGUUGUUGUCCAACGACAAUUUAGAAAUAAGAAAAAAAAGCUGUUUUCUUUGUAUUUUUUGCUUAAAUAAGAGUGGAAUAAAGCCAUUUCACCAAAAAUAUUUAUUUUACUCAAGAAACAAAAUUCAUGAAGGAAAAGCUUCGCCAAAGACUUUUUAAGUCAACUUCCUCAAGCAAUGUCGUUUUCAAAAAGAAUGCCUAUAACUAUCGCAUUAUGUAGUAAUUUCAAUCUUACGAAACCGAUUUGAAAAUUCCACUAUUUUAUAAAACGUUGCAUCUCGUUCCGCCCAGCAGUUCUAUUUUUGAAGGAAGUUUUUGGUCGAAGAAAUUUUUUUAUUAUCUAAAAAUAUUCUGUCACAAUUACAACUGGUGAUAAAAUAUCUUUCUCCUUUUUGCUAAAGUUGGUAGUCAGAUUUUCGUUUGUGAUAAAUGCAGCGUCACAGUGAAGUCAUCUUUGAGUUUUUGUUCUUAUUGUGAUUCCUUCAAUAUUGUUGAAGCUAUUUAGGAACCUCGCGUGCACACAAACUUUGAUUGCCAGAUGUUCAUAUCAACAAAUGACAUUACUACCUGCUGAAACUGGGUAAAGACAUAAAUUGAUGCUGAUUGGACCAGCAGUCAGUCAUUUCUUCAGUUGUGCUAUGCGCUAGCUUUGAACGCACCUUGAGCGAGCUUUAAGUGCCUAUUUUUGCAAGAUGUCGUUGCCAAAAGCAGCUUUUAUUCUCUCCAUGCUCUUUGCAAUAAGCCAAGCAAGUGUAGUCGAAUUAUCACCGCAGGAGAAGCUGCUUGAAAAAUUUUUUGGCAAAAGCAGACGAAUGGGUGAAGUGAUUCCUAAGAUUAACCAGACAGAUAAUAAACCGAUCACUCUGCAUACUGGUAUAAUUAUUUCCCAUAUUUACGACAUUAAAUCAAACGAAGAAGAAAUCGAUCUUGGCAUCUGGAUAUCCUUUCAAUGGAAAAACCAGUUGGUACAGUGGAACACAUCGGAAUAUGCUGUCAAUAGGCUAGAGGUUGACCUUGAUAAGUUAUGGAUUCCGAAGAUUUUUCUUGUCCAGAAUGCCAUUGCUCAGCCAUUGAUUCCAUCAAAUCGUAUGGGGACUGCCAUCGUAUAUCCAGACGGACAUACCACAUUGGACUUUGCAGUUAUGAUAAAGUUAACGUGCAAUAUGCCAGCUUGCCUCUUCCCUGCAGACGAGCAUGCCUGCCCGCUGAUUUUUAACUCAAUUUCUUAUGAUAACAGAGAUAUAAAGAUGGUGUACAAUACGGAAAUUGAUAAGGCAUAUGGACAAUUUACAAAGAGUGAAACCGGCCUAUGGAAGAUCAUAAGAAGCAAUGUGACAGAAAUAAACUUCCCUGCCUCUGUCGGCCCUGAAUCGAAACCAACAAAUAGUUCAGCGCUGUAUAUGAUUCUGAAGUUUGUCCGCAAACCUGGGUAUUACUGGCUAACGGUUGUAUCCCCAAUGGUAUUAAUAUGCAUUGUCACAUUCUGUUCCGUGCUGCUGCCAUGGGAAUCGGGAGAGAGGACCUCACUGCUCAUAACAUGUUUCCUGGCUUUGAUUGUCUACCUGGACACGAUUUUGGGAAGCGUUCCGAAAACAUCGGAUUACGUGCCUGUCAUCGUUUUCUUUGUUAUUCUCGUGCUGAUCUUCACGAUAAUGCAAAUCACAUUUACCGCCCUUGCUUCGUAUUAUGCUGAACGUGCCAGUAGAGGGAAAGGGUUUAUAACCCCCUACGAAAGAAUUUGGAAGUGUAUAAAGAAGAUUUUCUUUGAAAAGAAGAAGAAGAGUAGUAUAAAGUCAUUUGAGCUCAACACAUUCGUCGACGACGAAAUCGAAAUCGAGAGGAAAUUUCCACCGGCUGUUCAAAGACAAGUAUCACGUGAUGUUCCUGAUGGAAACAUGCCUUCAGUGACAUUUGAUAAAGCUAGAAAGGUAUCUAGAAUAAAUAGUUUUUCGGGUAUUCAAGAGAAUGCAAGCAACGAUGACAACAUUGGUGACUUCGGGUCCGAAGACAAAGGAGCAGCCGACGAUCCUAGCAAUGCGUGUAAGGGAAAAGAGUGCAGAAAGGCAUGCAAAAUGAUCGACCGCAUCUCGUCGGCUUUAUCCUUAAUUCUGGUGAUAGCGUGUCCUACUAUGUUUCAUUUGAUGUAUUCAGGUAAAAUAUCCUGGAAAUGUGGUGCCUAGCCGUGUACAAUAACAAGUUAUCGAUGAUUGCAACUGCUUUGAAGUAUGCACUGAAAGAUCCUUUGCUAUUCAUUACCCUUUGCUCACCUAAAAUAGAAAACCGAGCAUCGAAAUUGCGAAUGCAACUUAUUUGUGUGGAUUGCUUUCCUGCGUGGAAAAGGACGAUGAGGAUGACGAAUACGGGCACGAAGGCUAGCACGGAGACGAGGAAGAGGAAGAGGAAGAGGACGAGGACGUAGAAGAAGAUGUAGAUGAAGACGAAGGCGAGGACGGAGACGAAGGCGAGGACGGAGACGAAUGCGAGGACGGAGACGAAGGCGAGGCAGAGACGAACACGAGGACAGAAAUUCUCACCGUAGAAUCUCACCGUAGAAACUUCGGACAGAGAUUCUUCUAUAUUUUCGUUUAUUUUCCAGGAUAAUGCCACUUCUACUAUUAAUAAGUAAAUGAUAAUGAUAGUCGAAGACCAGCAAAUCAUAUGUAGAAACAAGCUUCGUUAAUGUUUACAUUAUGCGAAUAAAAUGAGACUUUGUGUUAAAUGUAUUUGUUAUUGUACAACAUGCCCCACAUAUAUCCAUUGUUGAUGCCUUUGCACUACUCCACAAAAUUGUUGCUAUAAACCCACUGUUUCAAUGCUAGAGGCUGAGAGAACCUAUUUAACAUUUUUGAUGAUAUUUUAGUAGUUUCUUCAAAAUGAAAUUAAAGUUAGAAUGUAGUUUAUUGAAGAUGAUAAUGAUGUUGAGCGGAAAGGGAUUCUUCUCUAGAAAGGAGGGUUCAAAGCACCCCUGGUGAAUAUCAGGAAUCUUACGUUUAAAUUUACGCAAAUAGAAUUCAUAAGAAUUAGAUUUAACACUAUUUCUGGGCUCCUGAAUACCAUAAUGAUUUCUGGUUCCCAACAAGCAUAAUAUCAUUUGCUAUGAGGAUAUGAUAGCUUUGUCUAUUUUAGUGUAUUAUUACUUAUUGUUGGCUGAUUAAUACCCUCUAUGCUAGCAUUAAUCAUUUUAUCACGAAAUAAUGGAUUCAGUAUAACAUAGAAUUGUAUGCUAAUUUUGUGAACAUAGAACUACAUUUUCAUGUCAAUUGCAAUAAUGUUGUAGCCGCACUGCUCUUCUUGCGAGUCUGUUGAAUCCUUAAACGCUUCACUUAUCAAAAGAAAUCUUCUGCUACACAGGGAGGUUGGGUUUUUAGCUCACACAAGCCUUUUGGGUAUCUCAAUUUUUGAAAGUUUUUUAUUAAUUCUUGAAAUAUAUGAAUAUAGAAAAUUUUAGCUUGAAAAGCUGUGCAUGUGACUAUAUGGCACCAUAGUUUUGAAUCCUAGUUGAAUCAUAGAAAGCUCUUACUUUAGAGAAGCUAGGACAUUUUUCGUUAGCAGUUAGAAAGACAUCGUUGAUAUAGCAGUUGCGCAUUAAUUUGGCUAUUUCAAAUCUUUGACCCCUAAUACGCAAAAAAUUGCGGAAGAAGGCAAACAGACACAUAUUGACCCAACUCCUGUUGUGGGCCCUUAAGGCUGAUUUCCACUAGGCGAAUUCUUUCGCGCGAAUCAAAUUUUUGCCAAUGUGAGCAUGCGUGGUGUCAUGUUCUCAAAUUUCGCAGCGAAAAAAUUCGAUUCGCAGAAAGUAGAUGACGGUCCUACUCUAUCGCUACGACUAUUUAUUCGAUUAGCGCGAAAUAAUUUGCCUAGUGAAAAUCAGGAUUAAAAGCGCCUUCAAAUAUCAUAAGUAACAACGGGUUAUAUAGAACCUUACCAUAGAGGUAUGGACCAAGAGGAUAUGAGGUACGUGCCGCCGCCCACCCACUUUUCAAAAACAGAGGUAUGUACAGCUUACGGAGGUGCGCCUUUUAUGCCUACAAGUGGCACCCAUUGCUGAAAUCCAUCCUACGUCUCUGACCCUCAUCAAAAUUUGCAUUUGAAAGCCAUCCUUUUUCGGUAACAUAGUCAAAGAAGCUUGCAUUCCCCUGGGCUAUGAAUGCAUCGAAUCAUCUUUCAGGUUCACUCUCGAGAGACCCGAAACAACGUCACUUAAUGAUAUUGCGAACCAAGCGCAUUUAACACUCAGCCACCAGGCAAGCUGCCCGCCAUUUUGUUAGUUUCUGACACAAGACUUUUAACAACUGCCUUGAUUUUGUUUCUUGGCCAAUACCUUGCAAAGAGUGGUGAAAGAAAUCGUAGCUGCUAUGUUUCUGAAAGCUUUUCUACAUUUUUAAUGCCAAAAAGUGAUUUCCAUGGAGAUGAGUUGAACAUUUUAUACACGAGACGGCAUAAGGCCUACCUACCUCCACCAAACAGAGAAGGCUGCCAGGACAAAACAUAGAGGUAAUGUAGCAUUUUCAUUAUCUGCUUUUCAAAUAAUACCUGUGUUGCUACCCUCCUAAUCUUUCGCGAAAUUUCUAGUCUGGUCUAAAUAACAAGCAGCAUGGUAAGGCAUGAUUACAAUUGAAGUUCUUUCUUUCGUACACAAACUAGAACAGCUUUGAACAACAUUUGCUUUUCCAAGAUUAAACUUUAUUUUGGAAAAUCCUUCCUGAAAUAUUCCAAAUGGAAACAUUUUCAAGAGCAUUUAUCUUGUCAAUCAAUUCAAAGUCGAUGGCCUCAUCAAGUUCGCAAAGCUUUCUUUAGUUACCGCACGUUGCAAAAUCGUUGUUAUCGUUGGUUAAUUGAUGCGGCUUAUGUUGUAACUUUGUAAACGAAAUAAAUCUAAAUAUCUUUGUCUUCCUCAAUCUUGGCUCAAAAAAAAUUUAUAUAGACUUAUAGACAUUUAGACAUUUCCGAGCGUCUCCUUCGCAGAAGUCCAGAAGAGACAAAAUGAAUAUCAACUGGUGGCUUUUAGGCACGAAAUAGACUUAAGCCAAGUCUAGGCUCUAUGAAGCCCCCUUUCUCU